CACAUUUAGCAGAGCUCCGAGAGGGGGAUGGAAGGAAGAGGAGGGAGGAGUCUUAUGUAAACGCAGGCAUAUGUCCGGCUGUUAGAAAACUCACAGAUUUUCCUCUAGCAGCGAGAGGAGGUGAGAAGAGGACAGGGAGCGCCGCCUGCCCACACAUGAUGUGGCUGACUCUUCUUUACAGUUGCACCAGUGGAGCAGCUCUUCUGUAUGCGCUGUACAGAUGGGUGAUCCCUACUGCUGUACAGUAUCAUGGAGGACUGGCACUCUUUUGGCAUGAUGUCAUUGUGGAGCGGAUGCUGGACACUCUGACCCAGUCCACACGUCCUCAGCGGCUCCUGAGUGCAGUACAGAAGAACGCCACUAGAGGAGACCCUCGCAGCGUGGUCAAAGCCAUCGAUGAGUUCUGCAGACACAAGGAGUGGGCCAUGAAUGUGGGGGAUGAGAAAGGCUGUAUUCUUGACUCAGUGGUGUCUGAGGUAAACCCAGCCACUGUGUUGGAGCUAGGAACCUACUGUGGCUACUCCACGGUGCGGAUCGCCAGCCUGCUUCCCCCUCACGCCAAGCUCAUCACUCUCGAAUUCAACCCAGACUUUGCUGUGAUUGCUCGUCAAGUCAUUGCCUGGGCAGGAUUAAAGGAAAAGGUCCAGUUAAUUGAAGGAGCAUCAGGUGACUGGAUCCCCAACCUGAAUGAGCAGUUUGGGGUGAAAACAUUUGAUUUGGUUUUCCUGGAUCACUGGAAGGAUCGGUACCUUCCUGACACAAAACUGAUGGAGGAGUGUGGCCUCCUCAGGAAAGGCAGCGUCCUGCUGGCAGACAACGUCAUCUGCCCCGGAACUCCUGACUACCUGGAAUAUGUCCGUAGCAGCCCGCGAUACGAAAGCCAGUACUUCAAAUCUCACCUGGAGUACACCAAAGUGGAGGAUGGCUUGGAGAAGUCUGUCUUCUUAGGGUAGUUUUUAACAAAAAGUGUCACGUUUUACACAGGUACUAGUAAACCUCAGAUCUCUGUUGUCUUGGGUUCACUGAGCAAACUUAAAAUCAGGAGUUAAAUCUGUUUUUCUAAUAUGCCAUAGAGUGUGUUAUUUGAAAUUAAAAGUAACGUGAAGGGAAAACAAA